AUGCGGCGGCGACUUUCACGCCUCGCACCGGCUUGCUCCUUGGCGUUGUUUCUGCUGCUAGGUGGCGCCCCCUUCUACGUCCUGCCCUUCCUGCCCCCUCAAGACGAAUGUGGAAAAAGGCCUUUAAUAGGCCCUGGAACAGGUCCUCGGAUUGUAGGAGGACAUGAUGCUCAGCUUGGGGCAUGGCCAUGGCAAGUUAGUCUUCAAGUUUAUGAAUUACAUUCAGGAUAUGACCAUGUAUGUGGUGGAUCUUUAAUUAGUAACAACUCAAUAUUGACAGCAGCUCACUGCAUUAAAGAAUGGAUGAAUCCAACCCUUUGGAGGGCUGUGAUUGGCUUGCACAAUCGUCAUAAAUUCAGUUCUUAUACUGUAAAACGCCGGGUCAAAACUAUCAUGAUCCAUUCUAAUUAUAGUUGGGAUACCAAUGAAAAUGAUGUUGCAUUAUUUAUGCUAAUAAGAUACAUCAAAUACAAUAAAUAUGUUCAGCCCAUCUGCUUACCUGACACUCAUCUUUUGGCUAAAGCUGUAUACCCCUGUUACAUCACUGGCUGGGGAAGUACACAGGAGAAAGGUAGAGACAAGCUUAUAUUACAAGAAGCUCAAGUAGACAUUAUUCCACUAAAUGUGUGUAAUAGCCCUAACUGGUAUGGAGGACAAUUAACACUGAAUAUGCUUUGUGCUGGCUCUUCAAGUGGACAUGUUGAUAGCUGCCAGGGAGACAGUGGUGGACCUUUAAUGUGUUAUUUUCCACAUACUGCCAGGUUUUAUCUCAUAGGAGUCACCAGCUUCGGAUAUGGUUGCGGCCGACCAAGAUAUCCAGGAAUCUAUGUUCAUAUAGCUCAUUACAGAAGUUGGAUAGAUGAACAUCUAGUUGCUAAAACCACCAUUGUGAACUUUCAAUAUUUCCUGAUCCUGUGGAAUCUAGAAUGGAUAAUAUUCCAUAUUCUAUAA